AGGUAACACCGCCACCAAAAUACCCUUAUUAAAAGCCUUGGAUAAAGAAUUUCUACUUACAAGUUCCAACUUCAAAAACCCUUUGUUUUCUCUUAAGAAAUCAAAAUCUUAUUCUCCAUUAAACUCAAAAAAAUUCUAGCUAUGUGGCAUCUCUUGAGAAACCUUAACAACACAAGAAAGAGUUCAAAGGUGGCUGAUGAAAACAUGUUCCAACAAGGAAACAAUAUUGUUGAGGUACAAAUAUUUGGUCAUGAAAGGAGAAGAAGAUCACAACAUGGUUGGGGGAAUAUUGUGUUUAGUAUUCUUCAAGCUCCUAUAUCAAUACUAUCAUGUGUUUCUCAUCCUCAAGUUAAUGGUUCUGAUGGUGCUUGGGUGAGUGGUGGUGAAUUUUCACAAAUUUCUGAAAUGAAUCAUCUCAUGGUAAAUGAUAGCAUGAGAUAUGCAAUUUUGAUGUAGAAAAAAAAAUGUGUAAGUAUACCAAUUGUUGUUAGGUUUUUCUUUUUUCAUCAUCAUUUUUCUUCUUCUUUGUUUGUAUUUAUUUUAGGUGAUUGAGUGGAUUAUUAUGUCAAUGGAGAUGUGAAUAUUAAUGAAAUCCUCCUUUUGUUCUUCUCUA